ACAACCCCACACGGUGCCCUGGUGAACACAUCGAGAGUACAGGAUGAACAGACACUGAUCUGUCUCACCCAAGAACAGAUGAGGCUUAAUGAGCUUGAUUAGACUGAACAUUGAAAGGCUGAAACAAGUUUUAAAAGUAUUUUCUUCAGUGACUUGCUUGCAGACACUCCACAAAUGAGGACUGGUGUUCAGUGUUGGAGGGGAGCCUUCUCAUCAGGUACCGCUGUGUGAUGGAGAUUGCCGUGGCUGACACAGAGCACUGAGUGUUUCCAUGCCUCAAGACCAAAUCUGAGAUCUGGGUCUACCAAGCAGCAAGUCAUUCACACAUUUAAUUCUUCUCUACAAUAGCCUUAUUUUACAAAUCAAGAGGAAGUCUUGCAAACCAAGUUUCUGGUGAGACUUCCACCUUCUGCUGACAAUUGCCAGCGGGUCUUGAGAUACUCAAAAUAGUUCUUUUUUUUCAGAAAUGAGAAGUGCCAAUACUUGGAGGAAUUAGUGACACUAAUUAUUCUUUUUCCCCACCCCCACUCGCCCAGCAGUGCAAAGGAAUUGUUUGAGUUGGGUCAUGAUUCUGCCGUUCUCAGCCAGCUCGUUGUCCAGCUCUGAGCAAUGUGCAGCAGUUUGACGUGUUGAUAUGCUCCCGUGAACUUCCCUGUGUUCCAGGCUCUGUCCCCACACAGCCCCUUCGUUCUAGCUCACAUGGUGGCUCAGCAAUUCUAUUAAACAGCCCAAUCCUGCAGCUCCUGAAAGCAACAGAAAGCAGCUUUUGACUUGUACGAGGAACAGUGUCAGUUUUCAUUUGUUAGUUGUUCUUUUGAGAUGAUCUGAGCAGCUCGGGAUGGCCUCAGGCAGCUUUGGUGUCCCCAGUACCCUGGACCUCAGUGAGUGAGGGUCUGCACUGUGCUGUGCCACUGCUCUCCCGGCUGGCUCAGCAGACUGCCCAUGUCAGCAACUCUCACUAUGACAAAAUCGGGAAAUUCUCGGUGGAAACGAAACCGUGCAGAUAACGGGGACUUUUUCGGACAGUCAAUGGAAGUCAAGGCCAGGCCCUACAGAGUUCUGCGUCACAGUCCAGCUGCACCGGCAACCCAAAUCCUGCGAGCAAGGCCCGUGAGAAGAGCAGAGGACACCGGAGCGGGGCAGAACCGAGCGGGGCGGAACCGGCGCGGCCCGGGGCGUUCUCGGCACCGGAGGAGGGCCCGGGGAAACCGAAACUCGGCGGGCGCUGCGCUCCGCCCCGAGCCCGGCCAUGGCCGCCGUCAUCGAUCUGGAGCGGCUGCAGCGCGUCCUGGAGCUGCAGUGCUCCUGCUGCCUGCAGCUCUUCGCCGAGCCCGUGCGGCUGGCGGGCUGCGGCCACAGCUUCUGCCGGGGCUGCAUCGUGCGGUACUGCGCGGACCGGCCCCGCGCCCCCUGCCCGCUCUGCCGCCGCGGCUUCGAGCUCCAGCACCUGCGGCCCAACCGCGAGCUGGCCGCGCUGCUCAGCCUCAUCCCGCGGGAGCUGCGGGAAAGGCUGGAAACGCAGGAGCAGCCGGAACCCUGCGGAGCUGCCGCCUGCGACGACCGGAGCCCGGCAGGGAGACCCGGGGAGCAGGAAUAUACAUCUCAGAUCAAAAGCCAGAUUAUUAAAGAUUUCUGUUGCAUGAAGGAGUAUGUUGAAAGACAAGAGAGAAACACACUGAUAUUCAUUGAACAAGAGCAAAAAGCUGCUCAACAGAAAAUUGAAGAGACUAUUCACCAGCUCACAGAGAUCAAAGCCCAACCUAGUGACUUAUCUGAGAGGCAGAGGUGCAAAGGCUCGCCUUCGACAAUUAAUAAAAUUACACUUGAUGAGAAGCUUAAUGUUGUCAAAAGUGCUGUAGAAGAUCUUAAGAGAAAAUUGGAAAUUUUGCUCUUGGAGAAUUAUGCUCACCAACUCCCACCAGUGCAGCCUUCAGACUCAUACCAGGAGCCAAGUGUCAGCACAUCAUCUCCAGAGUCUGCACAUCCUGAACCAACCAUUUCCAGCCAGUUUUCUCAGUGGGCAGAUGAUGUGACCUUAGACCCCACAAGAGUACACGAGCGCUUGGCACUCACAGACCACAACAGGAGAGUGAUGGUUUCCAGCCACCUGACUGCCUACCAACCAUCACCCAAAAGAUUCUGCAUCAGCCAAGUGAUGUGUUCACAGGGCUUCUCUGCUGGGUGCCACUACUGGGAAGUAAUCACCAAGGACAGUGAUGGAUGGGCUGUUGGAGUUGCUCAUGAAAUGAUUGGUAAAAGGGACAAAUUGGGAAGAACUGAGCAUUCCUGGUGUGUGGAAUGGCUGGGUCCUAAAAAACAGCUGUCAGCGUGGCAUAAGAAUCAAGAAAUGGUAUUACACAAGGACAAACCGCUGAAGGUUGGCGUUUUCCUGGAGCUACAAAAGAAGACCGUGUCAUUUUACUCCAUUGCUGACAAAGAGAUGCUUUUGCACACCUUUGAAAUCAGUACCUCAGAUCCUCUUUACCCUGCUUUCUGGCUGUACACUCUGGAAAGAAAUGGAUCUUUAACUAUAAGUCAGCCAAACAGGAGAUAAAGCCUGUUGAGAACAGGGACACUUUUGCUAAUGCCUGCAGAGUUUC